AUGUUAAACAGUUCAACCCAUCUUUCUUAUUUCAACUAUUUUCAAGAUGGCAGCCGUGGUAGCGGAGACUUAUGUACUUCACUAGUAAUUCAGCCAAAAUGCUGCUGUGAUGCAAACAAUAGUACUGAUCAUUUUACCGGAUGGUUCACCGCCUGGAAAAACUACCCUGAAUACAUACUAAACUAUGAUUUGGAUAAAGAGUUUUAUGGGGUGUGGUACACGAUUCUUUCUACAGAUGCCAAUUAUAACGCCAAUCUUGAUCGAGGAAUGGUUGUGCGGGCGUUUGAUUCAGAAUUCAAUCCACAAACAUUGCCAGCUUCUCAAAACAACACAUCUAAAGAUAUUGACAGUGAAUUCUAUAACACCCUUGAUGAGUUAAAUCACCAUGUUGUUGGAUAUCAACAGAAUAACUAUAUGUUUGUCAAUCGUCAUCUAAAAAAGAAAUUACGUCCCAAUGCAGGAAAUGUGAUUGGUAUCCCGCCAAAACACUUCGAUGAGCAUUAUCUUACCACUGAAUAUGAAAGUGUAAAUAACCCUGCUAUUGCACAAAAUCAAUCUCAAAAUAAUCUUUACGCUAAUUUGUUUGUUGGAACCUUGAAUUGGUAUGAGGAACAGAUAACUGAAAGAAG